CAUAAAGUUUCUCUCGCCUCUCCCUAGGGUUUCCGUUUAAACGAUUGUGUUUCUCCGGCGCCGCCGCGUCUUUUAGGCGGUUGCCGGAGCCCCUCUCCUCUGUUGUUUCCCUUCUCUUCCGCUUCUCCUGUUUUAUCUUUGUAUUCUUGUCUCGUUUUUUCGGCGGAGGUGGUGCUCAAUCGUAGAUCUCUGGUUCAGAUCUGGCAAGCUCCGAUGCAGAUCUGGGUCGUGCAUGGCGUCGUCGGUGUAGUUUGAGGACGGCUCUCCACUCGUCAUGCUCUUCUCUAGCUUCUGUUCUGGGCUUUCUGUCCGGAGGUUUUUCCCUCUUCUACGGUGGAGUUUCGCGAGUCUGGUGACGCGUGAGGCGUUGGUUAGUGUUCCUUAGGUGACACUAGGGUUUGGGGUUCGUGAAUCUCAGAUCUCUCUCUUUGCUUUGAGUUCGCUGGUGGUCUCUGGUGGUUGCACGUUGAGUCUCUCCGUGAGUGGGUCUUGUGCCUGCUCCUGUGGUGGUCUUCGGUGGCGGCGCGUAGAAGCUUGUCCUCAACCCGUGUUUGUUGUCGACUUUUCCCCAAAGUUUCUGAGGUCCAAUGGUGUGUUCUCCUUGUCACCGUUUCUCUUUCCUUUUUGAAUCUUCAAGCGACUUUGGCUUCGUUGGAAGUGGGUUGGGUCUGUGAUGAAAGUUAAGCGUCAGUUUAGUAAUCGGCUCUCUUGUUUGCUUGGUGGUUUCUCUUCGGAGGUGGUGUUCUGAAUCGGUCCCAUUGCUCUAUAAGGGCUCUCGGGUUAAAGGGGUGUACACGGUUACGGGUUGUAUGGAUGGAGGCAGCAAUCUUCAUAUCGCCUCUCCGAACGACGGCAUCGUCGAUCUCGGGAUACUCCCCGUGCUGCCGGUUUAAGCUUCUUGAGUAAGUAAGUGAUUCCGUGGUUAUGAUUCUUUGGUCAGGUGGAGGCUUGUGGGUAUUAAGAAAGCUGUAGGAGCCGGCUGCAUCAGGGUUUGAGCCGCCCAUCUCUCCGGUCUCUCGUGGCAACCAGAUACUUGUUCUGCUUUGGCCUUUUCCCUCUGGUUCUUCCUCGCUACAUUAGCAGUUUGGUUCAAGUCCGGUCAUCAGCUUUUUCAAUUUGGUUAUUGUUUGUGUCAAGGUUCUUUGUUUAGUUUUAUUUUUUGCAUUUAGUCUUUAUGUAUCUUCUGUCACAAAUUCAAAAAUCUGGUCUAGUAUUUAACAUUUUACCAAAAAAAAAAAAGUUUUCUCAACUUAAAGAUCAUUCAUGUGCCACGAAUGCAUAAUUUGAAGGUGGAGAAUCUAGCAUAAAAUGUUAGGAAACAACCGGUUUUUGUCAAUUACAUAGAAACAGUGUUGGUUUAAAGAGUCAGAGUCAGUAUGAAUUUGUUUAAAUCCAUAGAAAAAUAGGGUUUUUGGGUUUUUCUCUUUUUAAAUGUUUUAAUAAAUGUUUUAAUAGUAUUGUACGGAAGACAGGAGGUCGAGAUUGUUCCAAAGCGGUCAGAGACGAUCUGAAGCCGAUAGCCAUAGAAUCAGUUUCACGCUGCUCAAGAUUCUUGAAAGUUUUCACUCACUCAAGGUACUCUUCGACGCUCUAUAUAAUGGAAGUAAGAUCUGCAACGAAGCUUCAGUGCCAACGUAUUGGCUGCAACGCCAUGUUCACCGAUGACGACAAUCCAGACGGUUCUUGUCGGUUUCAUGCCUCUGUACGUCUUCUUCCCUCCCUUUAUUUGAUUCAGUUUGGUUUUUCUUAUAACAUAUCAUAUAUAGGUCUAUAGUCUUGAGACAUUAUUACCCAACAUUAGACUUUUUGAUUGCUUGCAUAUUUAUUAGUCAACCCAUUGAGCUUGGGAGAUUUCGUUUAUUCUAUCCAUGGAAAGCUUGACUAGCACCACUGAGAGAUAUAAGGUAGCAACUAUGGUGGCAAUGAAACCUAAAGUUGAUGUAGUGUUUUUUCACCUCUUUGCCGAACCACCAAAUCAUUGUAAAUAAUUCCUCCCAGGCCGAAUCGAACCCUAGUGGCGGAAAUUACAGCCUUAACCCCUUUACCACCGUACCACUAGAGCUGGCUCGUUCUGGUUAAUGAUGUAGUGCAUUUAUAAGAACUAUUGUUCACAGAAGUAGGUCUUGCUGUUGUUAUCUUUCUUAGUAGCUUGGUAGCGAGGUACCAACAAUAGAAUGCAUCUUUACAAGUCUUUCAUUCUCAUCUAUGCUUGUUUGGAGAUUUCUUGUAUCUUUACAUAUUUUCAUUUACCACUUUUUUCCGGGCUGGCUUGGCUUUGACAUUUUGCUUUCGACUGGUUUUUGACCAAGCAGGGACCAUUUUUUCACGACGGAAUGAAAGAAUGGAGCUGCUGCAAGCAAAGAAGUCACGAUUUCACUUUGUUCUUGGAAAUUCCUGGAUGUAAGACAGGUAAACACACAACUGAGAAACCAGUUUUGGCCAAACCGGCUCCAAGACAACCUGUCACGGUUCCUACUUCAUCUCCACAAGCCGCCGAUGCUGCAACAAAAGACUCUUGCUCCCGAUGCCGCCAAGGCUUCUUCUGCUCAGACCAUGGCUCCCAGCCCAAAGAACAGACCAGGCAGCAGGCCCUGAGCACACCAGUACAAGCGGAAGAAGAAAAGACUGAGUCCUUAGUAGCCCCAGCUCCAGUUCAAAAGGUUGUUAUAGACAUUAAUCAACCCCAAGUGUGCAAAAACAAGGGAUGUGGCAAAACAUUCAAGGAGAGAGACAAUCACGAGACGGCUUGUAGCUAUCAUCCAGGUCCUGCGGUCUUCCACGACAGACUGAGAGGGUGGAAGUGUUGCGAUGUUCACGUGAAAGAGUUCGACGAGUUCAUGGAGAUACCUCCUUGCACCAAAGGUUGGCAUAGCAGCAGCGCCGAUCAAGCGGUCUGAUAUGUUUCCAUGUGCUUUUCAAAAGAAGAUUUACUAUCUUAUGGAAAAUAUCAUCGAUAACAGAUAUAUAUGUAAUGGUUAAAAUGCUCAUUGUACUGUUUUCAAUGCUUCCUUCCAUAAAGAUAUGGAUAAAUGUUUUUCUUUUCAA